AGCUCUCUACUUGUUUUCUCUUAAUUUUCUCGCUUAAUCAAUUAUCAAAGAAAAAGAAAAAUGAAGAGCUCUAUGCAGUUUAUCUCUACACUCUUCUUCCUAUUCCUACUUGUCGGACCAGGUGUGAUGAAGAUGGUUGAAGGACAACCCCAAAUGUGCGAAGCCGAAAGCAUCAACUUCACCGGAUAUUGCGUGAAAUGGAGGACUUGCAAGCGAGUGUGUAUGAGCGAAGGUUUCCCUGAUGGUAAAUGCAAAGGAGAUUUAUUUUCCAGGAAAUGUAUGUGCAGGAAGCCUUGUGCUAUGUAA